GAUGUUAUUGUAUUUCCGGAUUGUGUCGACGUCAUGAUCACAUGAAAAUCAAACAAAUAUAUUUUAUAAAGACUGAGUCAGAUCUGAGAGAACAUACCACUGGAAGUCUAGCUGAAGAGAAGAGUGUUUGCGUGCAAUCAUAUGAUAACGAAUUAUAAUGUCGUUUUUUAAGAAACCAACUGUUGAACAACAAAUCAAGAAGAAUGACAGAGAACUACGUAGAACAGAAAGAGACUUGGGUAGGGACAGAGAAAAACUGGAGAGGGAAGAGAAAAAAUUGGAAUUAGAGAUCAAGAAAGCAGCCAAACAAGGCAACAAGCAAGCAGCUACUGUUCUCGCCAAACAGCUGGUAAACAUGAGGAAGCAGCGGACUAAGAGUUAUUCUGUUGGUUCUAAGAUACACUCUAUAGGUACACAACAGAAGGUGAUGCAUUCAAAUAUGAAGAUGGGAACUGCCAUGGCUACGACAACUAAGACAAUGCAACAGAUGAAUAAGGUGAUGGAUCCAAUGAAAACUGCAAAGACCAUGCAGGACUUCACAAAAGAGUCAAUGAAAAUGGAAAUGUCUGAGGAAAUGAUAAACGACACAUUGGAUGACAUUCUGGGCGAGUCUGGGGACGAAGAGGAAUCAGACGCCAUUGUAUCUCAGGUGUUGGAUGAGAUUGGCAUUGAUAUGUCUGGCAAGCUGGCUGAUGCUCCGAUACACAGAGGAAAGAUAGGAGAGGCUUCCAGUUCUAAUGCUGAGGCAGAUAUAGAGAGACAGUUAGCAGCCCUCAAAGACUUAUAGUGAUGAUAAUUAAUUACAUUGUACACAACAUAUCAUUAGUUGCUACAAACUGUCCAGUCAUUAGUGGGUCCUGUGACUGUUUUCAUGGCUCCCAAUUUAUCACAUUUUAUACAAAUCUCCACUAUUUGUUAAUGAGGUGUCUUUCUAUGGUAGUCACAUGAACCAUUCAAAGUGCCUCUAUUGUGAUAACUGAGUGCUCUCUGCCUUGAAUGAAAUGAGAUGUUUUCAGCAAUGUUUUACUCACUCUCUCAGGAAAUAAAUAUAGUUUGAAGCAAAAUAAUAA